CAUCGGGGCGGUGGAUUGCAUUACAGUGGGCUGGGCGAAUUGAAGCAAAUUGAGGAAAACUCGGCUCGCUAUGGGAUUUUCUUUUCUCACUGCGGACUUUAUGGACUCGAAUGUCGGUAAUCAUCAGGCUGUGUGGAAAAAUGGCUAUGCGAGUUCAGCUGAAUUAUUCAGAAGUGGACCUAAGAUAUGGUGAAAAAGUUGAAAAAUGAAUAAGCCCAAAAUGACCACUGAGAAAGGAGUUCCCAGUAACUCCCGAGUCCUCAUGCUCUUGGGCCAGCUGGAAAAGCUGAAUGGGGAGGCAGUUCUCAGUGACGCGGAGGUUUCUCGGCAUAUUACUUCCAAGAUACUCCACCUCAUCCAAACACAAGAGAAAACCAGGAAAGAGAUCACAGCGAAGGGUUCCAGUGGCAUGGAGGUAAUCCUGGCUUCCCUAGAGAGCACACGGGAUCUUCAGACCAUACUGAACAUAUUGUGUAUCCUGAAUGAGCUGGUCUCUGUAGGUGGCGGGCGCAGAGUGGGGGUGCUCGUGUCUAAGGGGGGGACAGCCAUUCUGCUCCAGCUUCUGAUAACCACCAGUAAAGAGUGGCCACCCAGUGAAGAGCUCAUGCUGCAGCUACACACCAUCCUGGCCAAAGUUGGACCCAAAGACAGAAAGUUUGGCAUCAAAGCCCGGAUAAACGGCGCUCUGAACAUCACUGUGAGCCUGCUGAAGCAAAACCUUCAGAACCACAAACUGCUGCUGCCAUGUUUGCAAGUGCUGCGGGUCUACUCUGCCAACUCGGUGAAUGCAGUGUCUCUCGGGAAGAAUGGUGUGGUGGAGCUGCUCUUCAAAAUAAUUGGUCCCUAUAGCAAGAAGAAUACCAGCAUUCUGAAAGUCACACUGGACACGUUGGCAGCUCUGCUGAAAUCAAAGGCAAAUGCACGACGGGCAGUGGAUCGGACCUAUGUGCCCACCCUUCUGGCUGUCUACCAAGACUGGCACCGCAAUGACACCAGGCACAGGCACGUACACAUCCGCAAGGCCAUUCUUGGAUGCAUUCGCAACAUAACAAAUAUCAAGCUGGGCCGCAAGGCUUUCCUUGAAGCUGAUGGGAUGAGGAUUCUGUACAGCACAUCCACUGAGUGCCUUUCUGUGCGGACACUGGACCCCCUCAUCAACACCUCCAGCCUUAUCAUGCGCAAGUGCUUCCCCAAGAACCGGCUACCUGUGCCCACUAUCAGGAGCGUCUUCCACUAUCAGCUGCCUCACAUCCCUGCAGAAGGGCCUGUGGCCCAACUCUACCGCCAGCCACCUGAUGUGGAUGAUGUAGUCGAUGAGAGCGAUGAUAACGAUGACACAGAGGCUGACACUGAGAAUGACACAGAGAAUGAAGAGGAUGAGAAGAACCAUAAAACGCAGAAUGAUGACAUUGAAACUGAUAUCAGCAAACUGCGACCCAAAGAGAACCUUACCAGGCCUUUGGAGGACCUGAAGAUGUAUGAGUGUUUUUUUCCAGAAUUGUCUGAGAACUUUCAGGGGUACAGCUUUGACAGCAGCAAGUCAUGUCAGACCCCAGCAGUGCUACCAAAGUCCCUUGCGCCAAUUGUAGUCCCCACAGCUCAUGCACCUAGCCCUCUGAGUCUAGCCCAGGGUGAACUCACAGACCUUCCACUUGACUUGGACAGCAUCUGCAUCUCUAAGGAUGGUCCUGGGGGUGCUGGUGGGGCUGGGGAGGGGCUUGCACAGGAGCUGGAGCGGGUGGCACUGGAGGAGGACACCCUUAAUGGACAGAGCCAGUCCCCAGUGGUAGGUAGCCUCCAAGGAGAGCUGGAGCAUGAUGAUGACUGCAGCUCCCACUCAUCAGGAGAACUGGGUGUUCUGGAGGUCCCGGACACAGCUGCCUUGCUACCACUUCAUGACCCUGAGCUUUACAUCGACAUGGUGAAAGGCACCAAAUCUGUCCCUCAGUACACAGAAGUGGCCUACCCUGACUACUUUGGCCAUGUUGCACCCACAUUCCGGGAACACAUCCUUGAGAGAGUCUAUGGAGUUCAAAGAGCAAAAAUAUUCCAAGACAUUGAGAGGAUGAUCCACCCCAACGACAUUCUAGACAAAGUUGUGUAUGAUCUGGAUUUGAAAAGGUCACCAGUGAUUGAUGAUGGAGAAUCCCUGAAAUUCAACUCUCAGUUUGAAUCUGGAAACCUGAGGAAAGCAGUUCAAGUCAGGAAGUUUGAAUAUGACCUUAUCCUGAACUCAGACAUCAACAGUAAUCAUUACCACCAGUGGUUCUACUUUGAGGUGAGCGGCAUGCGUGUGGGCUCCUCCUAUCGGUUCAACAUCAUCAACUGCGAGAAGGUCAACAGCCAGUUCAAUUAUGGUAUGCAGGUGCUGAUGUACUCGGUCCAAGAAGCCAUCAGUGGGCACCCUCGCUGGGUUCGCACAGGGACAGAAAUCUGCUAUUACAAAAACCACUUUUCCAGGAGUUCCAUAGCAGCUGGAGGACAGAAGGGAAAGUCUUACUACACAAUGACCUUUACCGUGACUUUCCAGUACCGGGAUGAUGUCUGCUAUUUUGCCUAUCAUUAUCCAUACACCUAUUCUACCCUCAAGAUGCACUUGCAAAAGCUGGAGGCACUAAGAACUCCUCAGAUCUAUCUACGUCAGGAUGUCUUGUGUGAGACUCUUGGGGGCAACAGCUGCCCCCUCCUUACCAUCACUGCCAUGCCACAAUCCAGCAGUAAUGACCAGAUCUGCCAGUUCAAGAAUCGACCAUACGUGUUCCUGACGGCUCGAGUGCAUCCUGGAGAGACCAAUGCAAGCUGGGUGAUGAAAGGCACAUUAGAGUUCUUAAUGAGCCCCAGUCCAAUGGCACAGAGCCUCAGGGAAUCCUACGUUUUCAAGAUUGUGCCCAUGCUCAACCCAGAUGGAGUCAUCAAUGGGAAUCACCGCUGUUCAUUGAGUGGUGAAGAUCUGAACCGACAGUGGCAGAGACCCAGCCCAGAUCUGCAUCCAACCAUCUUCCAUACCAAAGGCCUGUUGCAAUAUCUGUCUUCCAUUCAGAGGGUACCGUUGGUGUAUUGUGACUAUCAUGGCCACUCUCGCAAGAAGAACGUGUUCAUGUAUGGUUGUAGCAUUAAGGAAACCCUGUGGCAGACCAAUGUGAAUGCAGCUGCCUGCGACCUGCAAGAGGACCUGAGCUACAGGACCUUGCCAAAGAUCCUGAGCCAGCUGGCUCCAGCAUUCAGCAUGGCAAGCUGCAGCUUUGUGGUGGAGAAGUCUAAAGAGUCAACAGCACGUGUGGUGGUGUGGCGUGAGAUUGGCGUGCAGAAAAGCUACACGAUGGAGAGCACCCUGUGUGGUUGCGACCAGGGCAAAUACAAGGGUCUCCAAAUUGGGACUCGGGAGCUGGAGGAGAUGGGAGCCCAGUUUUGCAUUGCCCUUCUGAGACUCAAAAGGCUGUCCUCCCCCCUGGAAUUUCGAAAUUCCUCCCACUUCCUGGAUGUGGAAAAUGACCUCAUUGAGAGCCGCUGCAAGGUCACCAGUUCCACAACCUACGUUCUGGAUGAGGAUGAGCCAUCUUUCAUGGAGGAGGUGGACUACAGCGCUGAGAGCAAUGAUGAGCCAGAGCCAGACCCAGACCCUCAGGAGACCCCAGCGGAUGAGGACGGACUGUCAGAUUCCGAACUCGCACUCCGCCGCUCCUGAACCCUCGCUGCUUCAGUGGAGUGCUACAGGGAAGCUGGCCUCUUGGGCCUCAUCACUUGUGGUACACACCAGGGGCUCUUCUUCACCCCUUCAGCUCGCUCCUAGGGCGUCUGCAAUUGUGAGCACAGGCCAACCUCCUUUCUGUCUUUUCUUGUGGCAUUUAUGUACUGCUUAUUACUGAAGCAAUCUGCCUCUUCUCUUCUAAUGCAGUGCAGAUGAAACAAUAAUCUGUUUAAACUGAAUAUAUAAGCAAAAUAUCCACCUUAAAUUCUGAAGAAACUUAAUCAAAAUCCCAUACAAAAAAUAACUGACGUAACUCGGGGGGAAUACAGUUUGCUUCCACCUGUGGAAAAAAUUUCUGAACGAAUAUCUAACACACUGUAUAUCUGAUUACAUCACUUUAUGUAUUGUUACAUCUGGUCUCACAUGGUGGAGAAUGACCUCCAGUAUAUCUAUUUCUUUACUUUAAACACUUGUUUAAAAAAAAAAAAAAACAACUUUUUUUUUAUAUAUAUAUUAAUGCCAACUGGAAAACUGAUUGGCAGUGAUUAAAGAGGCAGAGAGGUUUGUGUUUAUUACAUAGCUGUUCCAUUUUAGUUGUUUAUUAAAUUUUGGCUCUUUGUACAGUGAGUGCAUGACUAUUUAUUAUCUUUAUUUUAAUGUAUUUUUCUGCCACUUUUGUUGGAAAUAUAUGUUUAGCUCCUGAUGGUUCUGUGCUUGUUUGUGAACUAUGGUGCAGAGAUGUGCAGCUUUGUGCUGUGUAUUUAAAGCCUGUAUGUAUUUAUGGAAAAAGGUCAAAAUAUCAACUUGAUUGUAACAGUACCAGAUUGAAGCUUCAAUGGAAUCAAGGGAAAUAAAUGAUCCCAAAG